AGUGGAGGGGGGAGCCAGUAGUACUGUUGUGAGAAGAGAAGGAGGUGGAGGUGUAGCUUGAGCAGCGCGAGGUGCACCCGAGCCGACGCUUCAGCCCUCAUCGCGCUGCAGGACCCAGCUUCAGUCUUCUCCGGACCACACCACCAGCCACACGGGAGCUUCUAGAGGGGCUUCGCCUGCUUCGUACUUCAGGAGUAGAUCCGCAACCCCAACACAUCAACAGCCAUGGAUGAUCUUCCCCCAGAACAGAUCGCUGUCCUCCGCAAGGCCUUCGAUGCCUUCGACCGCGAGCACACCGGCUCCAUCCCCUGCGACAUGGUGGCGGACAUCCUGCGGCUCAUGGGGCAGCCCUUCAACAAGAAGAUCCUGGAGGAGCUCAUCGAGGAGGUCGACGCCGACAAGUCCGGCCGCCUGGAGUUCGAGGAGUUCAUCACCUUAGCCGCCAAGUUCAUCGUGGAGGAGGACGCCGAGGCGAUGCAGAAGGAGCUCCGGGAGGCCUUCCGGCUGUACGACAAGGAGGGCAACGGCUACAUCCCCACAUCCUGCCUCAAGGAAAUCCUGCGGGAGCUGGACGACCAGCUGACCGAGCAGGAGCUCAACAUGAUGAUCGAUGAGAUCGACUCUGACGGAUCCGGCACCGUCGACUUCGACGAAUUUAUGGAGAUGAUGACCGGAGAAGUCUAGUUUGGUGAUCGUAUCGUGUGCAAAAUAUGACAAAAUGAAUUCAUGGAGAUGAUGGUGGGUGAGGAGUAAAGUGGUCCUGCUCUGAGACACUCAUUUACACAUGGUGAUCAUACACUCCACCCAAUUCAACAGCCUCCCAUGAAGAUCAAAGCCCUCACUCACUCUUUUGAACUAUCAUUUUUGUCAAAACCUACCAUUAUCAUUCUUGACUGUUUUUAAUGUAUGUAUUAUGCCUUAUUCCGUAACAUUUCUUACUGGGCCUAAUUGUGAUUGUGGUGUAUGUUUAGUAUUGAAAUGGGGAGAAUGUUCCAUUUCUGUAAGUUAAAUGUAAGUUGCCUUCUGAGAACCAAAGCACUCUCAGAAGCUGGCACACUUCAACCAUAUUUAUACUUCAAGAGAGUAGAAAAAAUUAAAUCACUCAAGGAGCAGGAAUGUUCGAGAAUCGUUUGCAUAUCUGUUUAUACAAAUAUUGUUUAUCUUGUUUUUAUGAUGUAGCCAGUUAUUUUUACAUUGCGUGUAUCCCUCUCAUAUUUUGACUACAGUAUUCCAAGAAGAGAAUAAAAUGUAAUAAAUUACAAAAUUUGUA